CUGGGCAUGGGCCGAUGGCCGCUGGACAGCGAUAGCCUGUGCCACUACAAUCCACUCAUCCAGCCAUCUGCAGCCAUCCAUCCACAGCCCGCCGAAAGCCACUAGCCAUCAUCCAUCCGACAGUGUGUGGGUGGCGGCAGCUAUAAAGUUGUUACAACGAGUUUUGCUCCCUGUUUGUUUUAGAGUGCCUUUGUCUCUCAACCUGCGUAACAUGGAAGCUUCAGAUGCAGUUGGAUCGCCGGAACCGAGUGAAAUCCGCGCUACGGAAGAAAGUAAAGGUGGAAUGAAGUAUGAACUGGUACUGGCGGAUCCCUGCAUCGAAAGCCCAAUACCGAAGACGACUCCCAAGAGUCUUUCUGCGGAAGAUAUCGACAAGAAGCUCAAAGAAGCUGAGGAACGGAGGCAGACACUGGAGGCAUUGAAGCUCAACAGCAUAAAUGAGAAACUGACCCGCUUGGUAGGAGUGAAUCAGAAGAAGGAAGAAUCCAAGCAGGAAUUCCAGGAGGCCACACGACUGAGCGUGCUCAAGAAGAUGGAGACAACAGAAGAGAGAAGGGAUGCUCACAUUCGCUCCAUCCAGGAUAAGCUUCGGGAACAUGGCUCACACAUUCAAGAGGUGCGCAAGUCCUUGGAUGCCCAAUCGCAGGAGAUACUGUCCAAUCUUCAGAAGAAGCUGGACAGUGCAGCUGAGCUGCGUGAGUCUCAGAUUGGAGCUCUGCAAGACAGACUCAAAAACCAUGAUGCCCACAUAGCGGAGGUACGAAAACAGCUGGAUGCCCAAGUUGAAGAGCGCCGGGAUAACUUGCAGAAGAAGCUGGAAACAGCCCAGGAGAAGCGUUGCGCCAUCUACAAGGAACUGCAGGAAAGGUUGCAGGAAAAGGAAAAACACGCUCAGGAAGUACGCCAGAACAAGGCUGUUCAAGAACACUCUUCGGGCUGAACCUGCCUUUCCUCUCAUUCAAAGUAGGCAAAAAAGAAACAGCUUGCAACGGCUUUUUUACUCCGUGUUACCCGAGCGUCUUUUGAGGGCUUUAAUAAAUGUCAUUUUGCUGCCA